AGAUGACAAAAGUCGAGAAAUUUUAGAAAUGUUGCGUACCGCACCCGCCAUGUUGGAUCUCGAGCAGACGAAUAUUUACGAGAUUAUUGAAAUCUGGAAAUAUGGUACCAUGAUCCAGUCAUGAUCCAUUAAAUAUCCAUUUAAUUCAACACUUUAAUUUGAUGUACCAUUACAUCUGUUUAUUUUGCUCAUUUGGUGUGUUUGAGUGAAAAAUAUAGUCUCAAACCAAAGUGCCUAAAGUUGUCAACAUGAAAGUGAAUAUUUUUCAAUUUCUCUGAAAAUAUUCUUAUUUGUUCAGUUUUAUGUGGUGGUAUUGAAAGUAAUUAUGAAUUUGGGACCUCCUCAUGGUCAUGGGAACAAUCUCCUAUAUGCAGGAUGGAACCAAGACCAAGGAUGUUUUGCAUGUGGAAUGGAGAAUGGUUUCCGUGUAUACAAUGCUGACCCAUUAAAAGAAAAAGAAAGACAGGAUUUUCCUGAGGGUGGUGUUGGACUGGUUGAGAUGUUGUUCAGAUGUAACUACCUUGCGCUAGUAGGGGGUGGAAAAACACCCAAGUACCCACCAAACAAAGUGAUGGUGUGGGAUGACUUGAAGAAGAAACAUGUGAUUGAACUUGAGUUUUCUAGCGAGGUGAAGACAGUACGGCUGAGGAGAGAUAGGAUAGUUGUAGUGCUGGACACCAUGAUCAAAGUGUAUACAUUCACCCAGAACCCACAGCAACUUCAUGUGUUUGAAACAUGUAAUAACCCUAAAGGGUUGUGUGUCAUGUGCCCAAACAGCAAUAACUCACUCCUAGCAUUUCCUGGGCGUAAAAUGGGCAAUGUACAAAUUGUUGAUCUUGCCGACACAGAAAAACCACCUGUAGAUAUUGCUGCACAUGAGGCCAGCCUUAGCGCCAUCUGCCUGAAUUUACAAGGAACUAGAUUAGCCACAGCAUCAGAAAAAGGUACUCUGAUCCGAGUGUUCGAUACAUCCAAUGGUCAGCAACUCCAUGAGUUGAGGCGGGGUGCCAACAAUGCUGUAAUAUACUGUAUAAACUUCAACCACGAUUCUUCCCUUAUUUGUGUAUCCAGUGAUCAUGGAACAGUGCACAUAUUUUCUGUAGAGGACCCCAAAAAGAAUAAACAGUCAAGUCUAGGGUCUGCUCCAUUCCUCCCCAAGUACUUCAGCUCCAAGUGGAGUUUCUCUCGUUUUCAAGUCCCUGGUAACAGCCAGUGUAUAUGUGCUUUUGGAGCUGAUCCCAACUCUGUCAUUGUUAUUUGUGCAGAUGGGAGUUAUUACAAAUUCAUAUUCAAUGCCAAGGGUGAGUGCACCAGAGACGUUUAUGCCCAGUUCCUUGAGAUGACAGAUGACAAAAUGUGAAAACCAUUGCAUGAAAUGUGAAGCAGCAGUAAAAUGUGAAGUGUUACAAUAAAUUGUGAAACAGUGGAUGAGAAGUCAAAUUGAUCCAUCCUUUACAGCAAUUUUAACAGAAAUUUCAACAAAUGGAACUUAAAUAUUGAAACUGUGCAAAAUUCUAUUGAUUUUAUCGAAAUGGCAGAUUCAAUUGGAGAGAUGUAUCAUAAUGGAUUCAUCUAUGCAGACAAAUUGUAUUGACAAUAUGUAGGAAAAAAUGAACCAUAAAUGGUCACUGUUUUGGUAUAAUAUUAUAAAACUUCUCAAGAUUAUGUCAGUAUUACUUUUUCAAAGGUCUGAAAUAAACAUUUGAAUUUUAAGUACUCAUACAUACAAAAAUUUAGCUGCUCAAUAUAAGUGUUGCCAAAUUGUCCUACAGUUUGAAUUAAUACCUGAUGGUAUGUUGUAACAAGUAGAUUGCCAUCAACGAGAGUCAAAGAUUUGAUUUAAGUUCAAAGUUGGAUAUAUUGACCAAUUUCAAUUUCAACAUUUUGCUUCAUUUUAACAUUUACUUGCCAUGA